AUGAGGCCUGACGUCGAAAAAAUCGAACUCGUGAGGAAGGAAAUCGAAUUCUUGGCGAAGUUUGUCAACCACUACAAAAAAGCAAGAGUCGGAGUUGUAGCAAUGGACUGCCCUUCAAAAACCAUUGUUCAAAUGGGAACGUACAGCGAAAAAGAAAUACGUAGCAAAAUCACCACACCAACGAAUCCUGUAUAUCCGAAAGGAAUGGCUCAAGCUUUCGAGUUGGCCAAGGCGCUCUUAUCUACUGAGACUAGAAAGGAGAAACUUCUUGUACUUGUUUCGACUGGCGAAGAACAACCCAAGUGCACUAAGGAAGCACCAUCUAAAGAUCGAUUCGAACUUGCCGAUGAGGUAAGACUUCUUCAGUGGUUGUCAUUCAUGAAGAACAUGUACAUGAAGUAG